ACGUUCGGUACCAUACGUAUUUUACGCCUCUUUUACAGUACUGUACAAUAAACUUGUUUGAGUUGUGUGCAACAUUUGCUAUACUUACUCCGCUGCAUGCCAUAACAUAACUCAUAAAAAUAACGGCAGUGAAGAAUGCUAAACGAUGCUUGAAGUUGGGUUUGUUUUGCUUCGAAAGUGAAAGCGCUCCUCAAUCUAUCCGUAAUCGAAGAUUUCGACGGCAGAAUGUGCAGAAAAGGAUUAUUUUCAUCUGUUUCGUAAUUUGCGAAUCACUGUUCGGAAUUACAAUUGCUGUUAUUUAUGAAUGAAUGACCGAAUGGUUUAACUUUAAUGUACUGAUGUACACGACAUUUGGCGCUUUACUUCACUAUCAGAGCAGUGCUUCUGGAACCAGCAUCGAUUAUCGAUCAUUAACCAGGAGUUCGUAGGUUGGGUUGCGACAGUUGCCCACACCCUUGGUCAUUCACAACAAAAUUGUGCACUGUUAUUAAUGCCGAUAUGGGUAUGGACUCCAUUUCCAAGUAGACCCAUAUCCUUUAAAUUGUGUGCACUGUGCAGUACUGUGUACUUGUACGAUGGCACAGACUUGAACUCGUUCGUCACCUGUUUUUCGCGAAUCUCUUUAACUGGACAGCGAUCGAGAAGAAACCGGUGUGCCCUGUCGUUGAUCUGUUAUGUUCGUCGCCAUGGAUUUACCAUAUCGGAAGUUGCAUAUUGGCAUAAUAGAAUUUUCGAUUUAUCUUUUGCUCCUGGGCUACUCUUGUGCACAAGACAAUGAUAUUCGGGAUCGUCCUGUGUUGUCUCCGGGUACACCAUUUAUAGACACUCCAGCCGGUGGAAAUUUUGAAUUAAAAUGCAGGGGCGUUCAGACAAUUGACUGGGUGCUGCCGCGAGAAGCUCAGCGGAAUGAUAACAAAGUUACGAUUGAUACGAUUAAUCUACCGGAAGGCGUUGUGUCCACACUGACAGUUAACACGGCGACUGGAUCCGAUACUGGCCGGUAUCAAUGCAAAUAUGUCGGUUCUCCGCCGCAAAAAGAUUCCAACGUCGACGAGAAAUACACUCGCUCUAUUUACGUUUUUGUUAAUGAUCCAGAACAGCUGUUCUUGAUUGAGGAUGGUGCACUUCCCGAUCUUCCGGAAUUUAUCACACUGAACCAGGGCGUGCCGUCCAUAAUUGCCUGUUUGCCGACAUACUCCAAUGCUGUCGUGGAGUUAUUGGGACAAGGAAAUCGACCGUUAACGGAAGAUCUUCGUUAUGAUCCAACCAUCGGCUUUACUGUUUUGUACCCCACGGUGUUUUUCUCCGGCGGUUUUACUUGUCGUUUCAAAGUAAAAAUCGGAGGAAAGGAAAAGAAAGCUGAUAAAAGCCUCCAUUUUUAUUACUUUGAGAACAGCGACCCACCCGUGCCUCACAUCAAUACUGAAUCCGUUCGACAUGUCACUCUGGGAAAAGAUUUUUCCAUAUCGUGCGAAGUGCAUAUUAAACCACAUGGGGUUAUUGAACUGGACUGGACACUUCCUUCCGCUUCGACAGGGGGAAGGAAAGAUGAAAAGGAGGAAACGGAGGACAAAGUCGGGGCAGAGAGCGGUUUGCAGUACAGGGUGGUUAGAAAAAUACUGACUGUUCGAACAUCCGAGUUUCUGGACAAUGGAGACUAUACUUGCUCUUCAAAGUUUCCUUCCAAUACGGCAAACGUGAGAUCGCGUACUGUGUACGUGAAAAUUUAUCCAGGAAAUAGCCAUGUGACACUGGGAGUGCCUAAGCCGAAAGUGGAGGUCAUUAAAGGCGCACGGGCCGAUGUUUACGUCACUAUGGAUGCCCAUCCGGAGCCAAGACUGCAGUGGUACAAGAACGAGAAGCUGGUGGCGGUGGGACAGGGCCGGAUAAUGCGUGUGGGAUACGCUAAUAUGACCGGCAUCCAGAUAGUUGGGGCGAUUGGGGAGGAUGCCGGCAACUACACACUAGUGGCCACUGCUCGUGGCGAAAGAGAUACAGCCAACGUUACUUUGAUUGUCAAUGAGGCACCGACGAUUGAAAUUAUUUCACAUAAAUCUAAGCCGUUUUUUAUGUGGAACACGCGGGUUGAGUUUAUUUGUUCGGUGACCGCUUAUCCCGCUCCGCAUGUUAUUCUACUAUGGGCGCCAUGCUCUCGGACGUGCCUGGAUAGCGGACCAGAUGGAGGGGAAAACAGAUUUGUGCUUGUUCCGAAUGAACAAUAUACUGUUCAUACGGACAUCACUGGGCGGUACACAACCGCUAAACUGUCUAAACAGAUGAUUGGUGAUUCCGGAUUUUUGCGGUGUAUGGCAGAAAACAAUUUUAUGGGAAGCACCCAUAAAAGAACGUUGGAUCAAAGAGUGUUAAUUACAGAUGUGGAAGAGGGAUUUCAAGCAACCAUGGUCCCGGCUCAGCCUGUUCAACACGAAAACGUCACUUUCGUUUGCAAAGCAAACAACUACGAAUACAGCUACGCAAAGUGGGAAAAACAGCCGUUAAGCAGUUGGAAUUAUAAUAGUGGUUUCCAAGCAGUGGAGCAGAAUAGCGGCAUCAGAUUAGCCACUGGCGAUGUGGAUGAUAUCUACUCACACGUCGCUAUACUGCGAAUGGAUAAAGUCCAACCGGAUAUGGAAGGACAAUACCGAUGCAUAGCUGGCCGGGCUGGUUCAGUUGAUGUACGACGGAGUGUUCCCUUCGAACUGAAAGUCCGAGCCCCUACCGCACCAGCGUUUGUGUCACAUGUCCAGGAGGACGUGGCGGAAAAAAACGUUGACUAUCAAGGUCGAUUGGAAUUGGACUGUGAAGCGACCGCUAAGCCGGUGCCUUGGUAUACCUGGACUAAAGAUGGCCGACCUGUGUCUACGAAUGGAGCUGUGACCAUCGAUAAGAAUGGUGCGCGAUUGAUUAAUGCCAAGUUCACACAUGACGAUCAGGGACAGUAUUUAUGUGUGGUGCAAAAUGCCGCCGGGGAGAUCUCCAAGACCUGGAAAGUGGUGGGUGGAGUGUCUUACGAGGAUAGACAGAAGAAUUUGGCCAUGAUUGGUGGGAUUGUCGGGGGUAUAUUUUUGAUUUUCACUCCGAUUGCGAUAUUCUGCUGCCUGCGCAACAUAAAACAGAAGAACAGGAUUGCGGAAUUGGUGUACUUGGAAGCGCUGCUGCACAACGACACCGCCAAUCCGGCACUGAUUGAUCCGAACGUGCCGCUCACGGACCAAGUGGCUUUACUGCCGUAUGACGAAAAAUGGGAAUUUCCGAAAGAAAAAUUACAUAUUUUGGGCAAAGUGUUGGGUUCUGGACAAUUCGGCAAAGUGGUCAAGGCAGAAGCUGAGGAUUUAAACAAUGUUCCCGGCCGGACCAUUGUAGCCGUGAAAACGCUCAAAGAAACUGCGGAUAUUGUUCAACGGAAAUCUCUAUUGGGAGAAAUCAAAAUUAUGGCGCACAUUGGACAGCAUUUGAAUGUUGUUAAUUUACUCGGAGCGGUUACCAAAAAUUUGACGAAAGGUGAAUUGUAUAUGUUAAUGGAAUUCUGCCCAAACGGGUCACUGCGCGAAUACCUUCAGCGCCAUCAAGGUCAUCGUUUCUUCAAUCAAGUGGAUGUCAUUGAAGGCGUUUUGUUGCCGUUAACGGACGAUCAGCUGGACGAAAUCGAGAAAAAACAAAUGGAAUUACAACGUCAAAAAGAGAAGGAUUUUGACGGGCGCAUCCUUACGACACGAGAUCUUAUUUGUUACGCUUUCCAAGUUAGCCGUGGAAUGGAAUAUCUUGCUUCUCAUCACGUGAUUCAUCGUGAUUUGGCGGCAAGAAACGUACUGGUUGCCGACGACAACGUGGUGAAAAUUUGCGAUUUUGGCCUGGCGCGACAAGAGUACUCGGUUUACACAAAGAAAAAUGUGUUUGAAUUGCCUGUCAAAUGGAUGGCCAUUGAGUGUAUCUAUGAGAGCGUAUUUUCCACGGAGAGUGAUGUUUGGUCAUUUGGCAUAUUGCUGUGGGAAUUGUUCACCCUCGGAUCAACUCCUUAUCCUGGUCUGAAUAUUGACCAGGAUUUCGUCGAGAGGGUUCGGGAUGGAUACCGCAUGGAGCGUCCGUACCUGGCGCCUAAAGAAAUGUACGAAGUGAUGAAACACUGCUGGGAAGCAGCACCAAAGGCGCGACCAUCAUUUUCUGCCCUUGGUGUACAUCUUGGCAGUUUAUUGGAAGCGUCUGUACGGAAAAAAUACAUCGACCUGAAUAUUCCAUAUCAGGAUCAAAAUGUCGCCAAUCAAAUCGGUUCCGAUUAUGUUAACGAUGAGUUCCGUCGACGCUCACAGGAAGUACCCACAAGCGUCGUGGAUGGACAUGGUCCAGUGAACAACCAGACGUAUGUGCCAACGUAUAAGGUCCUUCCCGGACAUACUACCGAAACCCCAACGAAACCCAAGCGCACUGUGCGUCCUGUUGGCGCAAAGAAUGCACUGGAUGAUAUGGAAUUACAGCCAAUGCUCUCCCGGUCACCGAAUCCCAGUCGACCAGGUAAUCUGAUCGAAAACGAAGAUUACCUGAACGAUCAGUUUGUCACUAUACCGGUUAAUCGCUCGGUGCACAAUACGGCGGCACCCGGCGUGACGUAUAAGCCGUCGUUUUCCGAUCAUUCCAGUGGAUUUCAUUCUGAUGUUCCCGAUGAUCUUAGCCCCGUUGUAAAUUCCAGAGCAAACUAUUUGUUUAAUCAGAAUGUUAAAAGGAAACCGAGUUCGUCGGAGGUGUGAAUGCAUUCCUGAUGUGCGGAGUGACCGCAUUGUUGUUUGUCUGUGUCUACUGUUAUAAGUCUCUUGUACCAAAGACAUUCUGUUAUUUUUACGUUUUGGGUGUUGAAAGUUAAUUAUGAUAAUGUGGAUAAGAAUGUAUUUACUUUCUGCUCAAAAGUGGACUGCUUUUGUUGUUUCUGUGAUUUUUCACUUGUUUUUAUACCCAAUUGAAUUGUGCGUUCGCAAUAAAGUGAUGCUGUGA